CACAUAGCCGGUAAAAGAUUAAAUUUUUCGAGUAAAAGAAGCUAUAAUACUAGGGUAGAAGCAGCCGUAGUUUCAUUUAACUCUAAACAGUAUCUAAGAAAAAUACACAAAAAGAUCUCCAACUGUAGUCCAGGAAAAUUUGGGAAAAGAUUCAUAAAAAAUUAUGAACGAAUAAGAACCAACACAUUAAAAAGAAGACAGUUAUUCCCAGAAGCUAGAAAAACUAAAAUUAUUUGUACUGACGGUCCAGAUGCUGACUAUGGUUUGGCAGAGCCGCUAACAAACCAAUAUUCACCACAAGAUUUUGAAAAAAAAAAAAAAGAAUUCCUUACAUCCUUAGAGAAUGCAGAUAUUAAAAAAAUUGAAGAUGAUACUAGAAAUCAAAGUGAAAGUGAGAAGUGGUACUAUGAACGCAAAAAACGAAUUACUGCCUCUAGAUUCGGACAAGUUUGUAAAAUGCGUUCUAGUACCAGUUGUAAAAACACCGUGUACAAUAUACUUUAUGCUGGAAAUGUCCAAUCUAAAUAUUUACAAUACGGCAGAGAUACGGAGCCUAUCGCUCGUAAAAAAGCAGAAUGUAUAAUUGGCGAAAAAAUACAAAUUUGUGGUUUGAUAGUGGAUCCUGAUGAGCCAUACUUAGCAGCAAGUCCAGAUGGCUUGAUUGGUAAAACGGCAAUUAUUGAAAUUAAAUGUCCAUAUAUUGCAAAAGACACUUCAAGUGCAAUAGAUGCUAUUAACAAAAAAUUAUUGCCAUAUUGUAACAUAGUAGAUAAUUGUACAAAACUUAAAAAAGAUAAUAUUUAUUAUUAUCAAGUAAUGGGCCAGUUGCAUAUUACCCGCAGAAAAUUAUGCUAUUUUGUAAUAUAUACCAGUAAUUGGAUUACGGUAGAAAAAAUUUAUUAUGAACCAGAAUUUUGGACUUCUAAUAUGGCAGAAAAAUUAAAAAUGUUUUAUAUGGAUUGUAUGCUACCUGAAAUAAUUCAACCACUUUAUCCAAUAAGAAUGUUGAAGUCCGAUAUCAAAGAGCCUGAGCGUAUUAUUAAAAUUAUGACCACAACUAAUAAUAAUUUUAAAAAAAUGUGACCUUUAUUCUCAUCAGUUAUUCUAUAAUAUUUUUAAUAAAUGUGAAACGUGUUUUUAAAAAUAUAUUACCAUUUCAGAUUUUAUUUAGAAUGUUUACUGCCAGAAAUUGUCGAUCCACUAUAUGGAAAACGAUUUUUGAAAAGUGAUAUUAGAGAGCCUGACCAGUGACCACAUUAAACACCAAAUUAAUAAAAAAUAAAAAUAUACCUAUAUUAGUUUCAUGUAUGAUAUAAUAGUGUUAACAUUAUAAUUGACAAAUGAUUACCAAUAGGCAAUACUGUAUUUUUUAUUUAAUUUAAUUUGAAUAUUUAAUAACUCAAUAGCAUAUAUAGUACCAACGGUAAUCGUAUCUUUGUAGAGAAAGGUAGAAUCUUAAAAAUAAUAAUAGAUAGCUUUGAUACGGGCUACUGUAUCAUCUUUAAGAAGUACCCAAAAACUGUAAUUUAAAACGUAUACCUACCUAUGUAGUAGCAGUAUAACGUAAAAUCAUAUAUUCAAUAAUUAAAUUACUAAAAACUAAUACCUAUUUAGAUAUUUAGGUAGGUAAUAUUAGUUUAGGAUACUGUUAUAAAGUAGAUAUUAUUUACUGUAUUGUUUAUAUUUUGUAUGGAGUAAGCAUCUAAUAAUGCAAUAAUUAUAAGCUGAGUCGCCGAGAAGGUAUGCGCGAAUAUUACGGCGGAAACGCGUCAUAAUAUAAGGUGUUUACAUUUUAUAUUUACGCGAUCAGACACAGUCGAAGGUUGAGGAAAUAAUAAACAUCGCUCCCGAAUGAGCACAAUCGUCCGCCGGUCGCCGACAACGAGUAUUGGGCGUGGCUUAAACGCCGCGUGCUUGCGCAUCGUGAAAACACUUAACAGCGCGUUCUCUCGGCCGUUCUAUUCGUUUCGCUUUAGGUGUAGCGU